AUGGAGGAUGUUCAGGUGGAGGAAGAUGCCCCAGAGGGGGCAGAGUUGGAGAACCCAGAGCCAUUCUCUGCAGAGAGCUAUGCAGCAGAGUCCAUGGCUGCAGACGUGGAUCCCUGGAUUAUAUUCGACUCCCGCAAAACACCUGCAGCCGAGUUUGACGGCUGGCUGGAGACCAACAGGCCAUCCCAGGUGGGCCGCUUCGGGGACGAUGAGGGUGGUAAGGGACCUGUGGGGUGGAUCGCUGUGUUGGGCCCGGACCACUGCCCUGCCACAGGGGACGUCACUGGACUCCAGGCAAGCUGGGAGAGGCUGCUGGCCAGCGGGAGAACCGUCACCUUCCAAACUGUGAAGGAACUGGCACUGAACCACGGGGUGCUCACCGGCAAGUGGCUGAUGCACCUGGACUCAGGCUUUAAGGUGGACCAUGCCUGGGAGUGUGUAGCCAGAGCAGCCCAGGAAGGGAAGAUCUUCCAGACCAAGGUGAGCCCGUGCGACCCAAAGUCUGACCGUAAACACGUCAUCUGUUCCUAUAACAAGGACUUCACGGACGAGAACGAGGUGAUGAGGCUGGACGCAGUCAUCCGGGCCACGGGGGUCAAGUGCUUGCUGUCCUUCAAGCCGGAUGUUUACACUUACCUGGGUAUAUACCGCAACAACCGCUGGAAUCUCUGCCCCACCAUCUACGAGAGCAAGUUCGACCUGGAGUGUGUGCCCCGACGUUCACACAUCGUCAACAAAGUCACCAAUCUGGAGGUCACAUAG